CUAAACUGUUAAUAAAAAGUUAUUAAACUUGGAGCAGAAAGCAAAAAAAUAAAAAACAAAAAAUUCUAACAACAAUUUAAAAGAACAUUAAAAAAGAAGUAGUUAAAACGGAAGUGAAUUAAUAGCUUCGUAAAAAAAAAACACUAACAAAAGUUGAAAAGUAAAAUAAAAAAAAUUUCCAAAAAAAAUUCAAAAUAAAAUAUUCACAGGAAAUUGAAUCUCAUUAAAAAAAUACAACAUACGUUUCUACACUAAUAUCAAGUGUUUAAACGUUUUACAACAAAACUCUAGAACAUAAAGAAACAAAAAACCGCUCAUUCAGCGCUUUAUUUCGAUUUUAAAUCGAAAUAGCAAAUUUUCUUUCGCCCGACGUUUUUUGUAACAGCAUCAAAAUAAUUCACCAACAAGUCGACGCAAGUUUCGCAACGUCAACCACAAUGCCAUUCAACGGGUCAACUAACGGCAGUAGCGGUGGCGGCGGCGCCUUAAUUGUCAGCGAUGGGCCGCAAAAUAAAAAAAUACGCACCGGUGUCCAACAGUCAGCCGAUGGGGAUGUUCUUAUGCAUGUAAGGAACGCCCAACAGCUGAAUCAACAGCAGCCAUUGAUGAAUAAAUCGAAUGAUGAUCUAAGAAGAAAACGCCCAGAGGCAGCACGGCCAAAUCAUAUUUUAUUAUUCACCAUAAUAAAUCCCUUCUAUCCCAUCACAGUUGAUGUUUUACAAAAAAUCUGCAAUCCGCAUGGCCAGGUCUUGCGUGUUGUCAUUUUCAAAAAGAAUGGCGUUCAGGCCAUGGUCGAAUUUGAUUCUUUGGAUGCGGCCACCAGAGCCAGAGAGAAUUUGAGUGGUGCUGAUAUUUAUUCGGGUUGCUGUACUUUGAAAAUUGAUUUUGCCAAGCCUGAAAAAUUGAAUGUUUAUAAGAAUGAACCAGAAACCAGCUGGGAUUAUACUUUGACCGCAGUUAAAGAAAUUAGUAACGGACGUACACCUUUGCUACAGGAGCCACUAUAUGGAAACCGUCAGCAGCAAUACAUCGGCUUAAUAUCAAAUCCAACAAAUUUUUUUAAAGAACAACCACUUUUGGGACCGAGCGCUGCAUUUCCACCAUUUGCCGCUCAAGAAUAUCAUGCCACCACACCGGAGAGUUGGAAAGGCGCCAACAUAAAUCCAACAGCUCUCAUGAAAGAGCCAACUGUUGCACAGGGCCGCAAUGUAGCCGUAGCAGCAUUCACUGCACAAGGACAGUCACAGGUAGGAGAAAUUGGUGCUGUCAUGAUGGUUUAUGGCUUGGAUCAUGAUACAUCGAAUACUGAUAAACUUUUCAAUUUGGUUUGCUUAUACGGAAAUGUUGCAAGGAUCAAGUUCUUAAAAACCAAAGAAGGUACCGCCAUGGUCCAGAUGGGUGAUGCCGUCGCUGUUGAACGUUGCGUCCAACAUUUGAACAACAUUCCGAUUGGCACAAGUGGCAGAAUUCAAAUUGCCUUCUCUAAGCAAAAUUUCCUCUCUGAAGUUAUAAAUCCCUUCCUAUUGCCCGAUCAUACACCCAGUUUCAAAGAAUACACUGGCUCCAAAAAUAAUCGUUUCCUAUCGCCGGCCCAGGCAAGCAAAAAUCGUAUACAACCACCGAGCAAGAUUUUACAUUUCUUCAAUACACCACCUGGCCUCACCGAAGAUCAAUUGGUUGGCAUUUUCAAUAUUAAAGAGGUUCCUGCCACAUCUGUCCGAUUAUUCCCAUUGAAAACAGAUCGUUCCUCUUCGGGUCUAAUUGAAUUCCCCAAUAUCGCCCAGGCCGUUUUAGCCAUCAUGAAGUGCAAUCAUCUACCAAUUGAGGGUAAAGGUACCAAAUUUCCAUUCAUCAUGAAACUUUGCUUCUCCUCCUCGAAGAGCAUGAAUGGCGCCUGGAAUAAUGCAGCCAACGAGGGUAUGAUCGAAAAAGAAAAUGAGGCCGAACUCAAGCAAGAUGUAAAUUAUUGAAGAAAUGAUAAUAUAAGCAUGCAAUUUUCAUUAUAUUAUAAUAAUAACAAUAAUAACAACCAACAGCAGCAGCAACAACAUGAAAUUGUAAUUAAACUAGAGAAGUUAUAGGCAGCAGCGCUGCAGCAGCAUUUCACAAAAAUAAACAAUAAAUUGUGAAAAAAACAAAUAUUUCAAAAUAAAACAAAACAGCAUGAGGUUUUAUUAACAACAAAAAUUUAUGAAAAAAGAAAGAAAUAAGAAUUUUGAACUUAUAAAUACGUUAUUUAAAUUUAGUUUAUUUUAAUUUUGUUUUUCUUUUUUUAAUAUUAUUUUUAUAUGCUAAUAUAUAUAUAUAUAUUAUAUAAAAAAUAAAUCGUUAUGUUUUUCGUUUCUUUUAGUUGUAUUUUAAUUAUUAUUAUUAUAUUAUUCUAACUGUAAUUUAGUUUUAAAAUUUUUAUUAAAUUAAUAUGUUUUAUUUUUGCAAUAAAAUGAAAGGAAAGGAAGUUUAAAGCUUUGCUAAAUUUUAAUUAAUAAUUUUAUACUUUUUUGUUUGGGUUUUUUUUAUUUUAAACAAAAAAAAAAUAAUGUAAUUUAUAUAAAAAAAAUUAUAAGAUAAAGCAUGAAAAACAGAAUGCUUUGAAAAGAGUUAAGGAUGAUUUUGACAAUAUAAUACAAAAAAAACAAAAAAAUUAAAAAUUUCAAUAACAAAAAAAUUGAAAAAUCUUGAACUUUAGCAAAAAAAAAAUAAAAAAUAACAUAAAACACAAAACAUUGUAAAGGAAAAUUCCUAACACACAAAAGAAAAUUUAUUAAUAACACUUAAAAAUGUAAUGAUGAUUGGGUUUUGCUUAAAUUAAAUUAAAAAAAAAACAACCACAACAAACAAGUAGUAUUAUAAAAAUAAAAUUUAAAAAAUUAAAAAAAAAACAAACAUAAAUGUUAAUUUUAUAUAAUUAAGUAAGAUGUGCUUAAAUUUAAAACAAAACUGCAUGUAAAAAUAAAACAACACGCCUCCUUUCAAGCAAAAAAAAGGAAAAACAAGGCGUUAAUAUUUGAAAAACAACAAAAAAAAAAUUGCACAAUUUUUACAAAUUUACAAUUUUACCAACCAUUUAAAUAAAAAAGACAUUUUUUUUGUGCUUAUUUUUAAAAUUAAUUAAACUAAUUUAUAAAUACUUAAUAAUUUUAUUAAAUGUUUUUUUAAUUCCUUUAAAUUAAUUUCUAUUGUUUUUUUUUUUAGUUGUGUUUACUCUUACUUGUUUUCUUUUGUAUGCAAAACAUUAUUUUAAAAAUAAAAAAAAAUAAAACUGUUUUUAUCUUUUAUAA